UCAGUUAAUUACUUAAAGAUUUGUCGGUCUUCUUUAUGAGCAAUCUUAUCAAUAUCUGACUGAUAAAGAAAGCUGGUAGUUUCGAUGAAGCAUUUUGAACCUCCUUUUUAUAUAAUUAACCAACAGACCUGGUCAUGGUGUUUAACAGAGAGACCAUCCUUCCGAUCGCCCUGCUCGGAGUAUAUUUUCUACAAAUAUCUCAUGGCUACAUUGAGCCAAAAGAACCAGAAGAAGAAAUCAUACUUUCUACAGAUUCAAAUCUAGGGAAUUCUCCAUUGCAGUUUUCCCUUGGAGGGUGUCCAAAACAGGAAGGAAAAUGUCCGCCAAGCUUUCAAGGUACUCCUCCCUUAAUCUUGGUAUCAUUAGAUGGAUUCCGCCCUGAUUAUUUGAAAAGAGGUUUUUCCCCCACUAUCAACCGAAUUGCUCAGUGUGGUGCAAGUGCUGACUAUAUAUACCCCGUAUUUCCUUCCAAAACUUUUCCUAAUCAUAUCAGUAUUGCUACGGGUCUUAAUCCAGAAUCUCAUGGCAUAGUGGAUAACACCAUGUACGAUCCGAUAACUCAGAAAAGGUUUGAAGCCGGGAAUCCAGAUUUCUUAAAUCCCAUGUGGUACCAGAAGGAACCGAUAUGGGUAACUGCUGAAAAACAGGGUAAGAAAACGGCUUCGUUCUUUUACUUAGGAUCAGAAGUUAAAAUUAAGAAUGUGUUACCUACUUACUACAAGAAAUACGUUUCAAAAACGAGUUUUAAUGCCAGAGCUGAUCAAAUACUGCAUUGGUUGGAUCUUCCUGCUGCUGAUCGUCCUAGUUUUAUGAUGCUUUAUGCAAAUCAACCAGAUAAUGCUGGACACUGGCAUGGACCUAACUCAAAAGAAGUGAAUCAAGCUGUGAUAAAAGUGGAUCAAAUGAUUGAAAGACUCUUCUCCGGUUUACAAUCCAGAAAUUUGUUGAAUUGUGUCAAUGUCAUCAUUAUGUCAGAUCACGGUAUGUCAGACAUUGAUUGCAAUCUCGUUGUUAACAUUGGAAAGUACAUCAAUGUCUCGAAUACAGAUUCAUUUAUGGGCCCUCUUGGCAGAGUAAGCCCCAAAGACAGAAGUGAUACUAAUGCUAUCAAUAGUAUGAUAGAGAAUCUGCAGUGCCAGAGCGAACAUAUGAGAGUAUUUCCUAAACAGCAGAAUCCAGUCAGAUGGCACUAUGCAAACAAUGACAGAAUCGAACCCAUCUUCUUGCAGAUGGAUACCAACUGGAAUGUUGUCGGCUCUGAAGUAAAACCUGGAGAUGAAAUUUGUACUGGCGGUACACACGGAUACGAUAAUUACUAUCCUGAAAGUAGAGCUAUGUUCAUGGCAAUGGGUCCUUCCAUUAAACCAAACCUCAAAAUCAAGCCUUUCAUCAAUACUGAGUUAUAUGAAUUGAUGGCUGAAUUGAUUAACAUAAGGCCUGAGCCUAACAAUGGAACUCGAGGAAGUUUACACCAUAUUCUAAAAACGCCAAAGAAGUUGCCAAAUCAACAGCAGCAUGACCCACCGGCUACCGGAGUUGUUCCAACAGACAACCAAGAAUAUCACUUCAGAGUCUACGCUGCAGAUUGUUCUUGCGCGCAGGCUCAUAAACAAGUGGAGGUGUCCGAUAAAGCUUAUAGGCGAGAUCUUCAUCUUCCCUUUGGCGUUCCAUACAGCGCACAAGACAACAAUACACUUUCCUUGCUGUACAACGAAGACAAUGUAAUCGGAUAUGAUAAAAAAUAUAGAAUUCCUCUGUGGACAUCCUUCAAUCUCCAGAAAAAGAGACAUGUUUCCAAAGUGGGUACUGUUUGCUUCACCGGGGAUGCCAGAUUACCAUAUGAGGACACAGCAAAAUGUAGUGAUUAUGAUAACCCUGCUGUUAGGAAUAUGACGAUCGUUCAACGACCUCUUUACCCUAUAAGUUUCUCAGAGUCUGCAUCCGCAAUAGAACAAGGUUUACAUAUUUCAAAUUCUAUUCCUAAAUCACAGAAACACAGUUAUUAUUUGGAAACAGAAAUGAACCGAAUACUCAACGGAUGGGCUGCACAAAGUGGCUCUCUGAAUGUCGUGAUGGGUCCUGCUUUUGAUGUGUCUGCGAAUGGUUUGAAACCCUCCAUAGGAGAUAUCAUGAAGCUGCACGAAAAGUAUGGUCCGUUAGUAGUGCCAACACAUAUAUUCGUAAUAGCAACUUGGUGUUCUGAACGCAUCGACUCUUUGAAGCAUUGUGAACCAUCCAGAUUGGAGACGAAAGGAUUUUUAUUACCAAAUGACCCCUUUGUUGAGAAUUGUGAAAUUCCCAAUGACAUGAUUGAGAGGAAUUCAGCUCGAGUUGUGGAUAUUGAAAAUUUAACUGGGCUCUCAUUUUUCACGGAUCUGCCAACUUAUGACGCAAUCAGGUUGAGAACUGGAAUUCCACAAAGAUCUGUCUCUUAAAAAUUACUUUAUUCCUAAAUCCAUGUACAAUCCAUGAACUUUCAAAAAUAAAUUACAUCAUUUUUAGUUCGUAUUGUUUUGCUGAUAUUUUUUUCAAACACUUUUUUUUUACUCUGAUGUUUAAGAACACUAUUAUUUUGGGAUAGUAUUUAAGGAAUUUUCAUAAAUAAUAUAUUGAAACUUC